GCGCGCUCCAGGUGCAGACCCCGGGGCUCGGGGGUGCGGGCGGCUGCAGUGAGACUCCCGCUCCGGCCAGGCAUGAGCCGCUACGUUCUGCCGCUGUCCGUGCUGGGCACGGCCGUGGGCGGCGCCGUGCUGCUCAAGGACUUUGUCGCCGGCGGGGCUUGUCCCAGCAAGGCCACCAUUCCCGGGAAGACUGUCAUUGUGACUGGUGCCAACACGGGCAUUGGGAAGCAGACCGCCUUGGAGCUGGCCAAAAGAGGAGGCAACAUCAUUCUGGCCUGUCGAGACAUGGAGAAGUGCAAAGCGGCAGCCAAGGAGAUUCGAGGGGAAACCCUUAAUCACCGCGUCAACGCCCGGCACCUGGACUUGGCCUCCCUGAAGUCCAUCCGAGAGUUCGCGGCGCAGGUCACUGAAGAGGAGGAGCAUGUUCACAUCCUGAUCAACAACGCGGCCGUGAUGCGGUGCCCCCACUGGACCACCGAGGACGGCUUUGAGAUGCAGCUUGGCGUUAACUACCUGGGCCACUUCCUUUUGACGAACUUGCUGCUGGACAAGCUGAAAGCCUCCGCCCCCUCGCGCAUCAUCAACGUCUCGUCCUUGGCCCACGUUGCUGGGCACAUAGACUUUGAGGACUUGAACUGGGAGAAGAGGAAGUAUGACACGAAGGCGGCCUACUGCCAGAGCAAGCUGGCCGUCGUCGUCUCCACCAAGGAGCUGAGCCGGCGGCUUCAAGGCACGGGCGUGACUGUCAACGCCUUGCAUCCCGGCGUGGCCAGGACAGAGCUGGGCAGACACACGGGCAUGCACAGCUCCGCCUUCUCCAGUUUCACGCUUGGGCCCAUCUUCUGGCUGCUGGUCAAGAGCCCCCAGCUGGCGGCCCAGCCCAGCGUCUACCUGGCCGUGGCGGAGGAGUUGGAGGGCGUUUCUGGAAAGUACUUUGAUGUACUCAAAGAGAAGCCUCCGGCCCCAGAAGCUGAGGAUGAGGAAGUAGCCAAGAGGCUUUGGGCUGAAAGUGUCCGCCUGGUGGGCUUGGACAUGUCCCAUGGAUCCCAUGGGGAGAGGGGACAGCCGCUCCCCAAAUAACCGCUGGGAACAGGCAUGGAGGCCACCGGGCAGGCAGAGCCGUCAGGGUGGAGCCGCUCACCAAGCCUAGCUGUCAUGCCCGCAGCAUCCAUCAGGUGGCAGUAUUGACAAGGGCCCGGCUAGCCAGCGCUAUGGUUUUCUCAGUAGUCAUGUUUGGAUGUGAGAGUUGGACCAUAAAGAAGGCUGAGCACUGAGUCUUUUAAACUGUGAUGCUGGAGAAGACUCUUGAGAGUCAACCAGUCCAUCCUAAAGGAAAUCAAUCCUGAAUAUUCAUUGGAAGGACUGAUGCUGAAGCUGAAGCCCCAACACUUUGGCCACCUGAUGAGAAGAGCUGACUCAUUUGAAAAGACCCUGAUGCUGGGAAAGAUCAAAGGCAGGCAGGAGGAGAAGGGGACGACAGGAUGACAUGGUUGGAUGGCAUCACCGACUCGAUGGACAUGAGUUUGCGCAGACUCUUGGAGACGGUGAAGGACAGGAAGGCUGGUGUGCUGCAGUCCCUGGGGUUGCAGGGUCGGACCCGACCGAGCGACUGAACAAGUUGCCCGAGGGGCGCUGACUGCCACGCCUGCGGCUCCCUCUGGGUGGUGGCGUUGCCUUUUCCCUGGACACGGGGAUUGGCCCCAGCUGAGCCUCUGGCCCAGGGCUGGCUGGCACAGUGUGCCCUGCUGCCAGCAGGUGGGCUGGGCCAGCGGACGCCUCCUUUGGGAAUCCACACCAGGAGUUUGGGGCGGUGUCACCUGCCUCUGGUGUGGCCCAUGCCUGAGACAGGAUGCCUGUGGGCAGGUUUGUCCGACGCCGUUGAGUGGGCUCGUGGUCCGCCGUGUGACUGUGCGCACCUCGUGUCUCCUCGCUCAGCCUUGGCUUCCCCAGCUGUUCACCAGACUACUCAUCGCGUGGGGCCGACUUUCCCCUGGCUCGGAGAAUGGCAGCUGCACCUUCUCUGCCAGUGGAUCUUUACUGACGACCUGCCAUGUGCUAGACCCCAGCGAGGUGCUGGAGACGCCCACAGGAACAGACCGUGUUGUCUCCGUGUCAUGCUGGUGGCAUCACGGGGGGCGGGGGGCAGGGAGGAACCACUGAGGAGCCCGGAGGCCCGGGACCACGACCACACAGACCCUCCAACUUGCUCUUUAAUAGGAAAAGAAACCCCAAAACUGUAACUGAGUCAUUGGUUUCACUUUCUUCCUUUACGUGUGUGUGUGGCGGGGGGAGUGCUAAGGAGCUGGCCCGAAAGAACUUGGAUUUAUUACAUUUAGAAAAUGGGCUCUUGACUUAACUAUCAACAGGGCAGUAAACGGCUCAGAAGUUCAGACUUUUGGGGACUAAAGGGGCCCAUUCCUCCUUUCAUGUGGUGACCGUCCUUGAGGUCUGGGCGCCUUGCGAGUUAGAAGUGGGGCUGACACUCCGCUUGGGCACAGCAUGGAGGGGACCCCACAGAGCUCAGUUAUCAAGGUAAAAAGUGUAUUAAUGUUAAAAUGUUUAAUACUUGGGAGAACUGUGCAGGCCACAUCGUACG